AUGCAUUUUAAUCUUCUCUUGCUUAUAUGCCUCUUCUUCCCUUUCCUAGCAGCCUCCCUAGUUGCGUGGAAUGACUUCUCGCACGGCCGCGUCGCACUAGAAAAUGUCAGCAUCCACUUCCGGUACGCAGGUUCGGGUCCGGCGCUACUCCUUGUGCACGGCAACCCGCAAUUUAGUCUUACAUGGCAGGUCAUCGGCCCCAUCCUAGCAGAGAAAUAUACCGUGAUCGCGCCCGAUAACCGUGGCGCCGGUGACUCCUCUAUCCCCCCUGAUGGUAACUAUAGUGCCACGGCAUCCGCUGAGGAUUUGAAGGGCGUGCUUGACUUCCUUGGCGUUAAUGAAACAUACGUCUUUGCACAUGAUAAAGGUGUCGCGAUGGCUAUGGCCCUGGCUAUCAAGUACCCCGAGGCCGUCAAAAUGUUAGGUCUGAGCGAAUACGUGUUACCAGGAUUCGGGUACGAGCAAGCGGCUACGCCGGCGCCGUACUGGGAUCUGUACGCAAAGCCGCAUUUGGCGCUGUUUCAGGUCAUUGACUUAGCUGAGUUCUUAUUGACUGGCAAGGAGAGGCAGUUCCUUCAGUGGUAUUUCUAUCGUGGAUCCUACUCGGGUCCUACGUCCUUCACCGAAGAUACGGUAAACCAAUAUGCGACCUCUAUUACCAAACCCGGAUUUCUCCGCGCCAUGCUGGGUCCCUAUUCCGCGGCCGCCAUCGCGGCCGACGCCGCUUUCUUUACAGGAACGCUGACCAACAACACACUGCCCAUGCCCAUUCUAGGUCUUGGAGGUGAAGCAAGUUAUGGAAUUCCAUCGGUUCUCGAAUCAGCAAUGGGCGGUUUCAGCAAGAAUACGGAGCUAGACAUCAUACCCAAGACUGGGCACUGGAUUGGCGACGAGAAUCCAACGUGGGUUGCCGAGCGCAUCGCUCGGUGGUUGGAAACAGAUGCAACCCCACUAGUUGCUGUAGAUCUAGCGUGGCUAGACGACAGAGUGACGCUGGAAGUUGGGUUCUACGGUACACUAGGGAAUGCUGCUCUUGGUGGGCUUUCAUUAUAA